AUGUCUGGAAGAGGUAAAGGCGGCAAAAGGGACUCACCGAAAAGGGAAUCACCAAGCCCGCCAUUCGCCGUCUGGCUCGCCGGUGAAGCGUAUCUCCGGGCUGAUCUACGUCACCAAAAGGUUCUCCGCGAUAACAUCCAGGGAAUCACCAAGCCCGCCAUUCGCCGUCUGGCUCGCCGUGGCGGCGUGAAGCGUAUCUCCGGGCUGAUCUACGAGGAGACCCGCGGUGUCCUGAAGGUGUUCCUUGAGAACGUGAUCCGCGACGCCGUCACCUACACCGAGCACGCCAAGAAGAGAAAGACCGUUACGGCCAUGGACGUGGUCUACGCUCUGAAACGCCAGGGACGCACCCUGUACGGUUUCGGCGGUUAA